AUGUCAUCAAACGCCUAUCCAAAACUUACUGAUGCAGAUGAUAUGGUUUGUAAAAGGUGUGAAGAAAAGUAUUGGAAUGAUGAAUUGCCAAAGUGCAAUAGAUGUGGUAGAUUACAAACUAAGCUAGAUUUUGAUAUUGUUAUUAGUAAGAAUAUUUGCUAUUGUAUUAGAAACAAUAAAGAUUUAGAAGAGAAAGAGCUCCCUCUCUUACCUCAUGAAGAAAUAA